AUGACCGACCGCCCAACGCUCCUUCGGCCGCCUCCUGCCGACCCCAACAAGUCGCCCAUUGAAAAUGUCUUGGAGGUGACCGAGUUGGCCGUCCUAGGACCCAACAUUUUCACCAACACGCGCCGGCCAUGGCACCCCCCUGGAGCACGGGGCAUCUACGGGGGCACCGUCAUCGCCAUGUGCAUCGCCGCGGCGCAGCGCACCUUGCCCGACGAUUUCCUCGUCCACAGCUGCCACUGCUACUUCUUGUUGGCCGGCUCGUCCGAGCUGCCCAUCCUCUUCCAUGUCGAGCAGGUGCGCGACGGCCGCUCGUUUGCCACGCGCACCGUCCAGGCGCGCCAGCGCGGUCGCUGCAUCUUCACCAUGACUGCCUCCUUCGUGCGCGAGGCCUCGGGCGGCGAGCCCGGGAGCCAGGUCACCCACUCCUCACCGAUGCCGCUCGGCGAGGAUGGCUUGCCGAUGCGGCCCCCGCCCGACGACUAUUCUGAAGAGUCCGAGAUCCUCCGUCAGGGCCCGUUCCAGGGCACCAAAAUCGAGGUCGUAGGCCGCGACGGCGCCGAGCCGGGCACCAAAAAGACCCGGCAGUGGAUCCGCGCCCGCGGCAAGAUAUCGGGCGGGUUGCCGGCCCAUAUAGAAGCGCUCGCCUACGUGUCGGACAGCUACUUCAUCGGAACCAUCACACGCAUCCACAAGCUGUGGCGCUACCCGUUCAAGGCCGAGGAUUAUGAGAAGCUGCCUGAAGAUAUGCAGGCCAGGGUCAAGACGCUGCACCGCUAUGAAGGCAUGGGCGACGACCCGCGCGAGAUGGUGGGCCGCCCGGCCAUUGGCAUGAUGGUCAGUCUUGACCACACAAUCUACUUUCACGAGCCGAAAAAGGUGCGGGCAGAUGAGUGGAUGCUCAGCGAGAUGGAGAGUCCCUGGGCAGGCGAUGGGAGGGGUGUCGUGAUGCAAAAAAUCUUCAGCAAGGACGGGACUCUCUUGGCCACGUGCGUGCAGGAGGGCCUCGUCCGGUUGCAACAGCAGCCCCCGCCCAAGGAGCGCAAGGACUCCAAGCUGUAG